GAAUUACACAGUGGAUGGGGCUUAAGGAGAGACACUUACUCUUGUGUCGACUAGGUGCUUCCAGAAUGUGACUGACCGAACUCAGUGUGGAGAAAUGAACAGGAUCGUCCAACAGUUGAGGAUUGUUUCGUGUUCAUUAUUGAAACUCGUUCUGUCUGAUCUGUCUAUCCCCGCUGUGGAUGAGGAGAGUGAAGGAGUAAGAUUUCUGUGCAUGAGUCAGGCUGUCCACCCAGGAUGCAAGUCCCGCAUUUCCUAUCGAGUACAUUCAGGACCAGAUCGGACACCAUCUCCCUCGUCCUGCUGAUCUGUCUGGCUCUGGCCACAGUGUCCUUCUAUGCUUACUCUGUGCCUCAGGUGUAUCUGAGGAUAAGAGAUGCAAAGCAGCUGGCAGCAAGACAGAUGGAGGCCUUCAGUCAGUGGAUAGCAAACGACACAAAUGACACCUGGGAGUCCACGGACCAUCGGGACAAGAACGGAUCAGUGGCAGGAGGAAGCCACCCAGGAGACGACUGGCCAACAAAAAGUCCUCUCGAAGUUUGUGUAGGAAGCAACCAGACCAUAGGAGAAGUAGAAGACCUUUUCUGCAUGCCCCGGCCUAAUUACGAGCCCGACUUUAAGAACCCUUGUUGGUGGGAGACCGUCACCAACACCACAGGAGGACAACCGCUAGACCUUCCCUCGCGAGAACUGCGUUGUCUCCCUUAUUUUCACAUCUUGUGCUGCUCCAAGUCUGGAACCACGGACCUGUACUGGCGCAUCGCUCAGCAUCCAGACAUCGUUCCAAACGUGGGCUACUUUGGCAAGGAACAGCUCUUCUGGGCGUGGCUUAAAAAUGGAUUUUUGGGGAAGUGGAAUAAAGGCCCCUCAAAACCUUUCAUAGACUACAUCAACGGCUUCCAAAGUAUUGCCAACUACCUCAGUAACGACACUAUGCCAGUGAAACAGAAGACUCAGCUUGUCACGUUGGACGGCUCGCCUCUAGACAUGUGGGAUUUACGAGGAUGGAUUCUCCUGCCCCAGAACAGAGGCUUGAGAGAGCCACAAGUGAUGACCCCUCACCUCAUGCGCCACCUGUACCGUGACCCCAAGUUUAUUGUCCUCAUGAGAGACCCCGUGGAAAGACUUUACACGGCGUACCUCUUUCACAAAAUGGGAAACAACUCUGAGUCCUUUCACCUGGCGGUUGUGAAGGCCAUCGCCAUGUUUGACGACUGCCUGGCUCACGCCCCUAGUCGGCGAGAAUGUUAUUUUAACGGCUCUGUUAUAGAGCACUUACCUGCUGAUGUGCAUUUCAACUGCUAUGCUGUCUUCAUCAAGGAGUGGUUAGCUGUGUUUCCAUGGAAACACUUCCUCUUCAUGCGCACUGAGGACUACUCUAAGAAUUUAAAAUCCUCUCUCCUGGAGGUUUUCCGUUUUUUGGAUUUGCCCCUCCCUGACAAGCGGACCAUGAAGAAGAUGGUGGAGCUGCCGAUCGCACACCACACACAGGAGAAGGACAGCGCAGGCGCCAUGCUACCGGAAACUCGCGCUCUCUUGCGGAAGUACGUGGAGCCCUGCAAUGCCGAGUUAGCGGCCCUGCUGAAGGAUGAGAAGUAUUUAUGGAAAGAUGUCUAGAAAAAACCUCUUCACAAUCCUGCAACAGAUGUUUCCAAAGACUGCAUUAUGUGAUAAUUUCUUCCGUGCCUGAAGGAAUAUUUUUCUGACCUGACCUCACUACUUGCACCGCAAACAAUCCCAAACAUCAAUAAACAAUCUUCAAACCUUUUUCCCUCGCCUGGACUUGGCGGUCAGCGAAGACAUUAACUACAAGUGAUUCCUUUUACUCAGAAACAUAUUUGCAUUAGUGUAUAAAUAUUUAUAUACAUCGGCCUCGUUGUCGAUGCUCCUUACUAGUGCUCAGAGUCUAAAACUAAGUCAUCACAGUUUAAUAGAACUCACUUUAUCAGCUUGUGUAUAUAUAUAAUAAUUCUGAUUUUUAAUUUGAUUCAUAAUGCUGUAUAUGUGAUAUACAACAGUGGCCUUACUUAGAAGAUUGUGGUGAUAACAGAUAAUAGUGAAAUGAGAUGAUUGCCUGGUGAAGGUGAUAGAAGUUGGUGUGGUUGAGAUGAGUCUUAUGUUUUGACAUUGAUGCUGUUAUUGCUUUUAAAAAAUAUCUACAAUGUCUAUC